AUGUAUUCCGGCAACAGCAGCAGCAUGCAGUCCUCGAGCGGCGGCGACGAGGAGUACGACUCCCGACCAGAGCCGAUCUCCACCUUCUUCAACUCCUCCGGCAGCUUCUCUUCUCUCUCUCACUACCCUCCUCUCCAUUCCCCCUCAAUCGACCCCCUCUUUAUGUACCUCGACGCCAUUGCUCGCUCUCUCCCUCCUCCCUGCAACUCCAAUGCCUUCCUCAACCUCGACGUCUCCAGUUGCACCGCCGCCACCAAUCUGAUGGGUUCGCCGCCGCCUCCGCCGUCCACCGCCGCCCCCAUCACCCCUUUGCCGCCGCCACCGCCGCCGCAAUCACAACGCUCUGCUUCGGCUCCUCUACUCACCGCCGCUUCCCGCAGCUCCAAGAAGCGGUCGCGGACGACCCGCCGAGAGUUGACCACGGUGUUGACGACUGACACCUCCAACUUCCGGGCCAUGGUCCAGGAGUUCACUGGCCUGCCGGUGCUACCCUUCUCGUCUUCCUUCCCUCGCUCUCGCUUUCCCGCCGCCUCCCCUCUCUCUCUCCUCAGGCCAUUCACCGUCUCUUCUUCUUCCUCCUCAUCUUCUUCUCAUUUUCCGAACUUCCUUGCAUCCGUUGAUUCCGCCUCGUCUGCCGCUAACACUUAUUCUUCGACUGAUAAAACAUUUCCCAUGGUGAAUAAUAAUAAUAUUAAUAGCACCAACUUACUGGAUAUGGUCAAUCUCCAAUCUUACCUUCAAUCCUCCCCGGCCACGAGCUACGGCGGUUUGAGUUUGCCUGUCCCCGGCGGCGGGAGAGCUCCCCAAGAAACACCGGCGAUGGCCCCCUUGGCAACGGCGGUGAAUCUCGGUCAACCAAUGGGGAUCCCGCAGUCGAGGGGCGGCGACGGAGCAGACAGCGAGCUUCUCCGGUGGAUCGGAGGUCCCGGUGGUUCAUCGGGGUACCGCGCAGAGAAGGCCUCAGACAACGUACCGACAGGUGGAAAAGGUACCGUGGACUCGUGGAUUUUCUCCUCAACUGAACGAAGAGUAUGA